GGCCGAUGCCCUCCCACUCUGCCUGCUCUGUUCUUAGCACAGCCCCUGGGCCCCCGUGGGAUCUCAGGAAAUACUUGCUAAACAUAGUAGCGGAGGAGAAACGGAGCCCACAGCUUAGUGCAAAGAGGCGGCGUGGACUGAGGCUGUAGAAACGCAGAAACACGCUUUUCCUGCUAGAAGGGGACAUCCGCGUGGUCGGGAGUACCUCUGGGGCACGUGCCCUAAUUCCAGAAACAUCUAAGCAGGAGCGCAGUGGCACUGUAAUAGCUUACUGCAACCUUGAACUCCUGGCUUCAAGUGAUCCUCCCGUCUGGGCCUCCCAAAGCUCUGGGAUGACAGGUAUGAGUUACCGCUAUCAGCCACAACCGGGUUUUAAGAGCACUCCUCCGGCCCACUCCAGUGUCUUCCAUCAUUCUGUGCAAGUACCAAAAGAGGACCAAGCCCAGGAAGCCGCCAGCAGGCCUCUCACCAGCCAAGAUGGCUGGAAUCCUAAUAUCAAGAAAUGAAACUCCAGCAGGCCAUGGAAAUGCUAAGGGGUUGGCAUUUCUGCUCUAGAGAGAGCCAAAGAGAAAGCUCUAUUUAUAUCUCCUUGCGUUUGGUCGCAGCCUCAUCAACCAAAAGAACCUUCCGCCCCACUCAACACAUCAAUCAAAUUGGGGAGGGGUGUGAAUGGCAGCAGCGGGUGUUACAGAGGAGUCUCAAGGGUAUCUUAGAGGAUGCCUCUGAAAAGUCGUCCCCUCCAAAUCCCCCCAAGAUAAUUACUAGGAUAUUCUCCUUACCCCGCCAGCAACGGCACCCCCAGAUGAUUAAACGCGCUGGCGUCGGAAAGAGCUGGGAUUCUGGAGGAGCUACUUGUAAAUUGUGUGGGUUGGUGAGUUAUUUAACUUUUCUGAGCCUUCAUUGCCUUAACUGUAAAAUGAAGACAACACCACUCAGUUCCUACGGUUGUCCAACUGAAAUCACCUAGGUAAGAACGACCAGUUCUUUGGGGAGUAAUGUCCCUAUGGCGCCAUUCAAUUGACAAGAGCACCAAGGCACCGUCAGGCACUCCUGGAAGAAAGCAGGGGGUUAGCCCUUGGUUUUAAAGUCCCCAGGGAGCAGUAAACCUUCCCCUCCGAGAGCCCUGAGUGAGGAAAAAUAGCCCCCUCCCACUCCAACCCACGGCACACCCGCCCCACAUCCACGCGCGGCUGUGCCCAGCAUUUCAGAGGUGGGACUUCUCAGGAGGCGGUGGGAAGGCCCCCUUAAUGGAGUCUGGUGGGGUUCAAGAUCCGCAGGUCCCUCCUUCCAGGGAACACCUACACCAAGUGAGAGCUGGCCCAUCAGCUCCGCGCUCCAUCCGCAAACUGGGCAGAUCCCAGGGGGGCCACGCGAGGAACCUGCAUCUUGGCCGCUCCAGGGCGCCCCCCACCCGCGACCCCGGAAAUCUCGCCCCUACCUGCUUCACCCUCGCUCCACCCAGAGCGCACUUUCGGGACCUCCCAGCGGCCCUUCCCCGGUUCUCUGGACCCCCGUCUUCCCGCCCCGCAACGCCCCCAUCCUGGUGCCCACGACAGGUCGCGCCAGUUCCCCUCUUCUCUAUCUCAAAGGAAGAGGUGCAGAUGAGGAAGCCUAAAUAAAAACAGGAAACUCGAUUUUUUUUAAAAAGCCUCA